AGAACAGUCGAGGCAAGCAUCCAUGGACCUGUGGAACUGGGAUGACGCAUCAGUACAGGAAGUGCCUCCCGGGGACAAGCUGACAGGACUGGGAGCGGAAUUUGGUUUCUAUUACCCUGAGGUGGCUCUGCAAGGGAACGCGCCGAUCACACCGAUGACCGUAGAGGACUGCUGGAAAGGGGUCCCAGAGCCGGACUGGAGCCCCGCUUUACCCCAAGAGGAAGUACCUUUCGAGGCAGAGCCCGUUGCUCGCCCCCUUCCAUGGUCGCGAGACUGGACAGACCCGGGGUGCAACACCGCGGACCCGUGGAGCUGCGCCUCCCGGUCGACAGGCCCCGCCCCUCCAGGCGCGAGCCCCGCCCCCUUCGUUGGCUUUGAAGGCGCCGCGGGCCAGAAUCCCGCCACCGCGGCGGGAGGGCCCCCCUCGUGGUCGCACCCUCCGGCCGCCUGGAGCACCGCCAGCUGGGACUGUUCUCUGGGCCCCCCUAGCGCCACCCUCUGGGACCACGGCCUGGGCGGGGAAGUGAGUGAGGACUGUACGGCGUCGUGGGGCUGGUCUGCGGGUUCGGACUUCGCCACCUCGUGGACUAGUGCGCUGCAGGACGGCGGCGUCCCCGGCGAGGGCCACCGAGCGCCCACCACGCCCUCCAAGUCGAGCCGGCAGCCUGAUCGGGCCUCCUUGACUCGCCACCCCAAAACUAACCACCGAGGCCCCAUUCAGCUGUGGCAGUUCCUCCUGGAGCUGCUCCACGACGGGGCGCGCAGCAGCUGCAUCCGCUGGACGGGCAACAGCCGCGAGUUCCAGCUGUGCGACCCCAAAGAGGUGGCCCGGCUGUGGGGCGAGCGCAAGAGGAAGCCCGGGAUGAAUUACGAGAAGCUGAGCCGAGGCCUGCGCUACUAUUACCGCCGCGACAUCGUGCUCAAGAGCGGUGGGCGCAAGUACACCUACCGCUUCGGGGGGCGUGUGCCCGUCCUCGCCUGUAGGGAUGACGCGGGGCACCUGCCAGGUGCAGAGAGCCAAUAAAA